CAUAAAUCAGCCUCACUCACAUUCAGCAUGGAAAACCAAUCACCGUGGCCAAAACCCGAAGGCGAAACCGCCCGGCCUUACACAGGAUGGCAGCAGCCAGCGAGCUGGCAGCAACAGCAGCCCUACCAAAACAUGGGCGGACCAAAUCAACAGUAUGCGCCGUUGACGUCGGGGGCUCCAAUGGCCCCGACAUAUCCCCAAAAGAAAAAGACCAUCAUGGGCCUGCGCAAACCCAUCUUCUUGAUCGUUGUGGUUGUUGGCGUCGUGAUUCUACUCGCCAUUGUUGGCGGCGUGGCUGGUGCACUGGCUAUCAAGGCGAAAAAGAACAGUCAGAACAACAGCAACAACAAAUCAUCCACACCGUCAGGCUCAAACAAUAACAGCAACAUUGACAAGAAUAACUUUGUUGCUCCCACCGAUGUCGCUAUUUCCACUACUUGCAAAAAGGGCGACAAGCGCACGCUGAAGCUGAGCGACAAGUCCGACGCGGUCUUCAACCUCGAGUGCGAUGCCAAUAGCGACGGCGACGACUUGACUCGCGUCAUCUCGUACUCGCUAGACGACUGUAUGAUUGCAUGUGCGAAGUACAAUGCCAUUGCUAAGAAGCGAGUGUGCGCUGGCGUCUCGUUUUCGCCUGAUCUCAAGGGUUUACGGACGAGCCAGGACGGCAACUGUGCGCUGAAGACGAAGAAGGGCACGACCAAGACGGCCAAGGGAGUCAUUAGUGCUUACUUUUAAGGGAUUUAUAGAUAUAUUGUGUCUCCUUUUCUUCUAAAAAACAAUAGAGAGAAAAGAAAAAGAAGAACAAACGGUGAUGGGCAGCGGAACUAUGUGCUAGUAGUAGUGGU